UACGGAACCCGUGGUGUGUUACAAUAAAAAAAAAUAUUCCCCCCCUCAUUUUAAUGUAUUUUGCUGUUAAUAAAGCAACAAAUUGUAACAGUGUUAAGUGAUAAAUUGUUUUCAUGUACAUAAUUUAAUGGUGAAUAAUGAUUUAAUCGUGUGUAUUGGUGAAAUGUUGAGGAGUUGAAUUGGAAAAAGGGGGAAAAAAAAAAAAGGCACCAACUUGGGGCAACAACACACACGGCUGGCUGAAACGCGCGUUUAGCUGAUGAUUUUAAACAAUAUCAUCACGAAGAUUAUGUCUCCCAGAGAUAAAAAUCACUGGAAUUGAGCCAAGGAGUUGAAUAAAUCCACCCCAGACCCGAAAAAAACCCAUAAAUCCGCAUAAUAAGGAAUAAACAAUGCAAGGAGUUGUGAUCGACAUCUAAAGGAUCGAACAAUGUCAGCAAAUUAUUUUUCAGUUUUAGACUUAGGAUAGGCUUGGAGCCAUCGUAUUGGAACUGGAAAAUUCACAAACAGAAGCAUAAUAAUCCUGGGAUAAUAAAGGGAACUAUGUAAAGAGGAAUAAAUAAUCAAAGAAUCCAAUGAUCACAACUGCAAUCACAUUCUAAUGAUUCAUUGGUGGUAAUAUUGUUCUCGAUGGAUGAACGAUUGACGCAACAUGUGGAAAAAGACAUGUUUAACACUGAUAAAUUCAUGAGUGAAUCAUCAGAAUUAUUGAUCCAGUAUUGCAAACAAUCACUGGAGAACUGUAAAAUGUUUUUUGAAUUAUGUUGUGGGGUGAAAAGGUAAAUUACAUGAAUGUCAGGAACAGGCGACGUGGGUCGCAGACGCGUUGAGUGGCGCCGUAGUGCAAAUAUCAGAUCGUCUAACAAUCUCCUGUUGCACCUGAUUUUUAAGAUAUACUGUGUCAUAUACGAAAAUAGAGUGAUGAUACGUUGAAAGACGAAUGUAACAAUUGAAUCAUAACGAAGAAGUGAAAUAAGUGAAGAAAGCUGAUAAUAAAUAAUAAACAAUAAAAAACUGCUAAGGUGGCUGAAAAGGUGGCUACCUAGGAUUACGAGGUGCUGCGUGGGCAUGCAGCAGCCUCAGACACGCCCUCUCCUCGGGGACUCUGUAUCCUCCACAACUUCCCCGACUGCAAGACGUAACAACCCUGUUGCUGUUCUAACUCAUCAGCAGCUCCAACAGCUCCAGCAACUCCAAGCCCAGUCGUCAUCAGGCCAGCCCCUGACAUUUGCCCUGCAACAAUCCCCCUCCAACAAUGGUCAGGAUCAAACACCAGUUGGAUCAGCAACUGGAAUUGGAAAUAAUCACAUCGUAUACCUGAAUCAACUGAGCCAAUUGAAUCAGAGUACAAUAACCCCAACAGGGAGUGGUAUGGGCCUGCCCCCGGCCGCCCCGACAUUCGGGGUGGGCCUCAACAUGGGACUGCCACUCUCCUUACUGAACACCAGCCUGACAUCACUCACCUCAAACGUCAUAACUACCUCCAAUCCACUGCUCAAUCUCGGCAUUCCCAGUUUGAAUUCAGCCCUGACAACAGUCAAUCCAACGACCCUAAACACCCUCAACACCCUGAAUGCGCUCAACUCGAACCUCACCUCGAACAGUAUUACAGCUAAUGGUCUAACUGGACUUGGCCAGGACAUGAAUACAGCCCUCAAUCGUCUGAAUCAGUCGACAAUAAACAACAGCCUGACGCAGUCCCAAUUCUCGACAAUUUCAACGAGCGACAACAUCUCCAACAUCUCGAAUCUGACAAGUCUGACGAAUUUAAACAACCAGACAACAUCAAACCUGACCCCCCAGAGCCAUGGCAUCACAACUAGUGUCAAUCAGGCCUUCAACAGAACCUCCCUGAACGUUUUAGCCACUGGAAUACCCACAAGCCUCAACUGCAGCACAAGCUUUCCCUUCCAAACCAUCCAGAGUAUCCAGAGCAUAGCCCCCCACAUUGUCAACACAAGCAUCUCCCAGAACAAUCCCACCCCAAUACUCUCCACAUCCCAGAUGAAUCAGUCGACAGCCACCACAACCCAGAGUUUGAGCUUCUCAGGAACAAUGUCCCAGUGCAAUCUGUCAACAUCACCAGCUGUUGCGUCAUUACCCUCAAUUCAAACUGACUCAAUAAGCCCUGUAAACACAUCAGCUGGAUAUGGACACAGUCAGACCCUCUCGAGACACCAUCAGACCCCAACACAGCAGGGAAAUACAGUUGUCAAGUGCAUUCAGAAUGUCAAUUCACCGGGAAGUCCAUUCUCAAUACCCAUGAAGAGUCCAGCGUCCAACAUAGCACCACCAACACCAAGUCCAAGUCCCAAUCGAAUACUUCUGCGCAGUCCAGCGUCAAAUUCAAUGCAAUCGAGUAGAAAUAGUCCAAGUCCUGUUUCAAUGGUGAAUACAACGACCAGUGGUACUGGUACAACAACAACCGUCCAGCAGAAUUUCACUGUUCAACUUCAGAGUCCAAUGCAGAGUCCCAUGAGUGUUGGCCCCAUACAGAGUCCAGCACCGAGUCCCUAUCCACCGGCCAAGAGUCCACAUCUUCAGGGUGUUGGGGGACAGAUAACAGGGGGAAUGACGGGAAAUUUAAAUAAUCGUAGUCCAGCACCUGGUGGUAGCCCUGGACCCAGUCCAGUGAGGCCGAAUACACCGAUACUUCAGCAGGGUAUGCAGGUUCUUCAGAUUAUUGGCACUCCCCAGUAUCAGCAGGCCUCUUCGCAGCUGGUGACGAGGGCUGCACUGUUUGGUAAUCAACAGAUACAAAUUGCUCAGACAAAGGCGGCUAAACAACCACCCCAAAUUCUGCCGAAACCACCCAAUAGCCAGGGGGUGGCAACACCACCUAAGCAGAGAGUUGCCACGAGUAUUACUAAUCAGGUGACACAACAAACACAACCGCAAUUGGUGCUAGCUGGACACCACCAGAACCAAACGGCAACAAUGAUACCCACAGCUCAAGGAUUACUACUGAACCAGGUACUACCGUCAACGGGUCCUGUGAUUGUUCAACAACAGCCCGGCGGCGUUCAACUAAUACUCAGGACGCCAACAAAUGCCCAACAACAAACGCAUACCGCACAGCUGACGCAGCAGCAACUCGUGAGGGUGGUAACAGCCCAGGGUAUGCAGUUGCAGGGCAUCACCCCAACAUUUUUCGCUGUUCCAAAUGGCUUUCCACCACCAGCCCCACCUGUUAUGAGGCAUACUCCAUCGAGUCCAGCCCCUGGUAAUCCAGCGAGCAACAACCAAAUAGUGAUUCAAAACGCAAUGGUCCAGUCCCCCCAAUCCCACCUCAAUACCCAGCCCCCCACGGCCUCCCCGAACCACAUAACUCCCCCCCAGCCACCAGUACCCGAUCAGAAUCUCCUGCCGCCGCCCAAGAAAAAAGCCAAGAAGAAGAAACAACCCAAGAAGAAGGACGAGGAGCCACCGAAGCUGGACCUAGCCAGUAUAAUGAAGAUAUCUGGAAUUGGCGACGAGGACGACAUGUUCGAUACCGACGUUAUGCCGGAGCCUGAGCCGCACCCGCCGCCCCUCCAGCACAUGGAGCAGCCCCAGAUACCCCAGAUGACAGUCCAACACUUGGACCACAAUCCACCCCCUCAAAAUCAGCCCCAACCCCAGAGUCUCCCCCCAACCUGUCAAAAUCAAGAUCACAACAAUCAGCCAGUUGCCCAACUCCAGAUCCCAGUUCACAGCACAAUUUCCGGACAUUUACGACUAGCUGUGGGUGAAGAUGGACGAGUUAUUCUGCAUCACACACCAGAGCCCAAUCAGCCUGAGAUAGAUCAGGCAACAGCACAAGCCUUGAUAAGAUCCCUGACCCAAGGUAGUGGUCAAAAUUCCCAGAUAAUUUCCCAGCUGCUGGGUCAUGCCCAGAACCUCCAGCAAAAUCAGCAGAAUCAGCAGACUCGUGGUAAGCCUGGAUUGAAGCAUCAGCAGUCAUCGGGGAAUCAGACCUCGAGUCAAGUGAGCUCAUCACCUCCAGGGGUUCACGCCCCUGGAAUGCAGAUCUGCUCGAAGCAAACGUUCCAGCAGCAGCCGCAGCAGCAGCAGCAGCAGAACAAUUCAAACAUUCCUGGACAAAGAACCAUGGGAUCAGCCCCUGGAGUUCCCCCAAACGUCCCCCAGAAGAGCCUCCAACAGCCCCAGACUGGUAUCCAGAUAUCAAUAGGAACAGAUCACAAACCCAAGAACGAUCACAAGACCAAGUCCCACACCUGUAAAAAGGUCUUCAUGCAGAAUCAGACUGUCCAGAGGCAGUCCCAAAAAUCAUCAAAUCAAUCAUCAAAUGUUAAACAGACUGGUAAUGCAGUAAACAGUAGAGCCGUCCAACAGCAGAUUACAAAGAGUCCAACAGUUCAACAAUCUCGACCUCAUCAGUUGGAGCAGCAUAACGAGCAGAUUAAUCAACAGAACAUCCACCAGAUAUCAACCCAAACAGUUCAGUCACUCAAUGUUCAGCGCUGUCUGGAGCAAAAUGUUCACAAGACAACAGUCUCAGGUCUCCAGCAGAACUCCUUAAACAUUCUGGGUGCUAAUCCAGACUCUCUGACUCAUAAUCUUGAUCAAAACCUGAUUCAAGGAUUUGUGGACACACCCAGUCCAGUUAAUCAUCAUCAGGAUGACACCCAGCCCCCAAACAUCAACGUUCAUCAUCACAAAAUCACCCAGAAUAAACAACAAAACGUAAUAUUCUCGAGUGACUAUCCCACCCCCAUCAACAACACUGUAAUAAACACGAGUGCAGGUCAAACAACGAAGCAACAAGUUCAAAAUCCCGAAUUGCUCAAUUCAGCAGCAACGAAUAUUCUGAAUAAUGCACCGAAGAUAACGCCUGAGAUUCUGAAUGCUCUGAGCAAUCUCAAUCCAAAUGAUCAGCUGUUGAUAGCCAAUGCCAAUGGACAGAUGCAGGUGAUAAGUCAACAAUUGCUCCAGCAAUUGUUGACAGGACAGCUGAAUGCCCAGCGUUCCCUCAAUCAAAAUCAGAAUCAGAGCCAAACCCAGAAAAUUGUGAUCGGCGAUGCAGACGGAUCGAAUCCUCAAAAUCUUCCUGGUGUCCAGAUAAACACCCCAACCAGCCAGAUAAUUGUGAAUAGUUCAGGUGGUGCUCCAACGAUACAAAAUAACAUUCAGAAUAUUGUUGUCCAAGCAGCGCCCAAUCAGAUGCCCCAUCAGAUACAAAUUCAGAAUCAAGCAUUUCCAACACAAUUCAUUGACAAUUUGAAUCAACAGCAGAUCCGAAACUUGUCGAGUGGUAAUAAAACAACUGUUUCCAACACUGGUAAUGCCCCCGUGACACACUUGUCCCAGUGCAAUCAGAUAAAUCAGUCGAACCAGUCCAAUGUGAAUCCCAUUACCACAGCGACAACAACAACAACAACAACAACUAAAAAAGCUAAAGUAGUAAAAAGAACUAAAGUGACAGUGUCAUUACCCCAAACUGGUUACACCCAGGGGAUAAAAACAGCGAGAACGUCUGUCUCUACGAGUACCCCAGCAUCGUCAGUGGUGAAAGAGCCCCAGAAUCCCCCCACAUGUCCCAAAAUCGAGGCUGGACAGUUGGGAAUAGCAGGAAGAGUGACAUCAAGCAUCCAGACAAUUGGCAUCCAGACCCAGGGGAACCAGUCAACCCAAGUGCCCUCAAAUGGUCAAAUGGUGCAGAGAACAUCCAGAUACAUUCAGCUGCCAGUGCAGAAACAGCAGAUGCUCAAGAGCAUUCAAACCCAGAUUCAGACUAUUUCGAGUAGAAAAACUAAUAGUCCAGCUGAUCAGGCCCUUCUGGCGAAGCUCUACCAGGAGCACAAUAAAAUAGUUGCCAGGGGAAAGGUAGUGUCAACACCAUCACGAACAAUAUCAACAGCAUCAGAGACCACCACCAACGCUGGUAUCUCAUCUCCAACAGUCUUCACAGUAUCUCAUCCCCUCAAUCCCUCGACAGUGAUUAAAAAUCAGACAUCAACAGCUCAAACCCAAACAAUGACACCAGUUGUCGUCACAACAUCGUGUUCAGUUGUAACAUCAACUAUAUCGACGAGUGCAAGUAUGCCCAUUGUGUCAGAGCCAAGUGUCAGCAAAAUGGAGGGAAUGAAGAGUGGAAUGGAUCCAAGUAUGCCAACAAUUCACACGUGUCAGGCUAGUCAGAGUAAGCAGAUGGAAUUGCCGAAAUUUCAUUCACCAGUCAAGGUAUAUCAGUCCUCGAUCCAGGGCACUUCACCUGGUGCCUGCCCUCAGCACAAUCAGCUGCAACAGUCGACCCAGUGCCAGACAGAUCCACCAGAUGUCAAGCCCAUUAUCCAAGGAAUCAUCAGUCCUAUCAAGCAGGAAUUACCAUCACCUGUUGUUCAGGUACAAUCGACAUCACCUGCUGGUCAGGUGAUACCAUCGUCACCGAGGAUUUGUGGAAAGGGGACCAGAAUUCAGAGCCCAGUGAAUGUGGGAAUUAAAACUUCUUUGGCCAGUCCCAGUACGAGUUCAGCUUCGGUUAGUCAGAGCCCUAGGCAGGGGAUCAAGAGGCCAGCAACUAGUCCUAUUUCGAGGCAGAUUAAUCGGGGUGAUCUCAUGGAGCAGCAGCUGAAGAUUGAUCAGAAUGGGGCGGUCAAUCCAGAUGUUAAUACACCAUUUACGGGGAAGAGGGAUGCCUGCAAGAGACUUGUCAGGUAUCAUUGCUUCAAUGAACAGGUGCUCAGUGCCAAGGAUCUGGCCAAGGCUGAUGAGAUAUUCGAGGAGACAGCUAAACAUCUGCUGAGUAAAUUCAAUUCCAUGAUGAAUAAGUACACUUAUCUACUGCUGAUGGAGAGCAUGAGGGAAGUGAGGACGUCUGAAGUCAUGAUGCUCAACAGGGUUUUCGUCGCUGAGGAACAGAGCAUGUUGGACAGAUUGAGGGAGCAGGAAGCUAAAGCCAGUGAAGAAUUCAAGAAAGAAGAGAAGCCCCUUCUCCCAAAGCUGGAGGCAGACCUGACAGACGAGGAGAAGAGCUCGACAAGCCUAGCCAACGUUCUCGUGAAACAAGAGCUCGAUGAUGAUUUUUGUGGUAUGGAAUCCCACCCAACCGAUCCCCAAGCGAGAUUAAAGCCCUCGAGUUGCACAAGUGGUGAUUACGACGAGUGGCUUGAAAUCCAGAAGGAGCUUGGUGUAUAUCCAGGUGACACUGGCAAAUGUAAACAUCAAGUAUGCAGUGGAGCCAGUGGUAGUAGUGCUAACGGUGCUUGUUUAACAACAAAAUCAUUGACAAAAUGUGAAAGAACGCGAGCCAAUGGUGAUUGUCGUUUAAGUGCAAGUGUCAAUCAAAGUACAAUGAAAAAUCUUGACGAUACAAGUGAUACUGGACAUAUGGAAUUGGAUAAACGUUGGUGCAGUGCUGCAUUGAGAGACGAUCUUGAGAGAGAUUUAAUUGAGGAUACUGAUAGUCUUGAUGAUUUGGCACUACAGUCACAAUUGCCAGGUACAUCAAUUCAGGACAAUGAACAGGGACAGGGGCUCAUUAAUGAUCAUGAUGAUAUAACAGCACAGGUACAAUCAGCUAUCGAUAGUAUUCUCAAUUUGAAAAAGAGGCCAUCAAAUGCUAGUGCUGUUAGUACACAAGUAAGUGGUACUAGUGCAGGAACAACACAAACAUCGGGUAAUAGUAGUGAUUCUAAAGACUCUGUGCUUGAUCAGGCUGUUAGAAGUAUAAUGGGCUCGUGACCCUCAUCUAAUAAAGUAUUUUAAAACAUUAACAACUAUAAAAAAAAACGAUAAAGUAAUGCUGUGUAAAUCAGUUUUUUUUUUAAUCUGGAUUUAAUUCAGUCCAAGUCUCUUCUGCUCUUUUAUAUCUCUUUUUCAUUGGAAUUUGUUGUUGUCAUUUGUCCUUUUCGCUAAUGUCUUUCAAGUGGAGUGAAGUCAAACGUAACGAGACAAUUUCAAAGUUUAAACAACUUAUGGAAAAAGAAAAUGAAAGAAGUAAAAGUAGAUAAUUAAUUUUACUGUCUGAUCGAGUAAUUGACUUUUUACGUUUUAUUUCUCUGAAUAAUUCAACUGUAUUUUAUCAUUUUAUCCGUGAUGAGAGUAAUUACUGCAUUUGUAUAGAUUCAACAAUCGAUAUUCAGUGAUCAAUGACAGAUUGAUAUGAUGAAGAAGAGAUUAUAAGAGAGGAAAAGGAUAAUUAUGAUGAUUAAGCCAUCGUGUAAUGUUAUGAUUUUAAAUAAAAACGAUGUACAUGUGGUUUGGUAGAUGAAUUGAUACAGCCAGAUGUUGUAAUCUGCAAGUUUGUAAUGUAAUUUUGUAAAAAGGAAAUUAUUUAAAAGAAAACGACGAAAAAAAAAAUGCAAACACGUAAUGAUGAUGAAAUAAUGAAUGAUUUAUUCCCCGUUUGGCUGUAAUUCCAAUCAGAGAAUUUUACGGGUGGUACUCCAACAAUUAAGUGAAUCAACUGUAAAUAUUAAUUUUAAGGUGUAUUAUUAAUUAUUACAAUUAUUAUAAUUAUAUUAAUAUUGUAUCAUUAUAUUUUAAUUAUUACGGACAUAUAACUGAGAUAAUAUUUCCUUGGAUUUAUUAUUGACACUGAAAUGAUGAAAAACAAUAGAAUUAUUCAAUUGUGAAUGGGAUGUAUCGUAUUUAUGGAUAACUUGAUGCUGUUCGGGAAUUCAGAUGUCAAAUGGAGGAAAUUGGAUUAUUUGGGGGUCUAUGAAUGGGGAAUCAUCUAGGUAAUUAUUGGUUUUAGGGGGAAAUGUCAGAUGAUUUUUUUAGAGUUCUCGUUGCGAAGAGUUGUUGCAUUUUUUUCCAGAGGUUUUUGUUCUCGAGAUAAUGGCAUAAUUCGAAAAGUAAAUUUUAGAUACUUAUAAAUGAUAUCGUGACAAUUAAUUUGAGAAUUAAUUUGAGAGGAAAAUGGUAGAUUUUUUUUGUUAAAGAUGUUCUUUACAAAAAAUGUUUUGACAUUUUCUUCUAGGGUUAUCUAUUCUCAAGCUAAUUCUUUUAAUUACAACAGUAGAUAAAGUCCUCCAAAAUUUUGUUUUUUGCUUAAUUAUGGAAUUAUUACCGUAAUUAUUAGGUCUGGAUGAAAAUAGCACAAGACUUUCUUGUUGGAAAUUUUGUCUUCUAGAAAAAGUUCUUGUGACAUUUUUUUCUAGCAUAAUUAUCUCUCGAGAUAAUUGCAUAAUUAAAAAAGUGAAUAUUCACCAUUUUCAAUUUGUAUCUCAAUACUUAAUCAAGAAACUACGUUGGUAACUAUUAAUUUCAGGGAAAAACGUCAGACAUUUUUUGUUGAAAAUUUUUAUUCAACAAAAAAAAUUUCAUUACAUUUUCUUCUAGAAUCAUUAGUUCUCAAGAUAAUUAUUUUCAAUUAAAAAAGUAGAAAUAUUCCAGAAUUUUAUUUUGCUACUUAUCUAUGAAAUUAUCUCGGUAAUUAUUGGAUUUAGGGGUAAAUGUCAAAAACAAUUUGUUCAAAAUUUUCUUAUGAAACUAUUAAUUUCCAAGGGAAACCCAAAAAUCCAAGUUCAAUUGGUCAUGCUCCACCAAUUUGCGGCUGAAUUUCCAAAAGAAUUAAGAAUGAAAAAUUCAAUUAAUCACGAGUGAGAAAAAAACGCGACAAAAAAACGAAACAAAGGGGACCCCUGAUUGGUAACUGCAACCUUCAUUAGAAUGAAAAGAAGCAAAAGGCGAAAGUUUGAAGGAAAAGCCACAGUUUAAUUUUAUAUCCAUUACUUACUAACAAUAACGACAUAUGUAAUUUCUUUAAUCAGUGAUGAAGGCACAGUCUGAAUUUUAAACUGAUAAUCAAAGAAGGAAAAACAACAAUUUUUUUAUCUAGAUUUUAAACAAACAAAAAAAAACCGAAAGAAACACAAAAAUCUACAUGUUUUUUGGGCAUAAAUUUUAGACGACAAUAGGUGUAUUUAGAUAGUUUUUUCGGCGCAUAGAGAGAGAGUUUACGGAGGGAGGAUUGCGCAUAAUACUUGAAUAAUUUAUUGACAAAAAAUUAUUUAUUUAAAAUAUUAUAAUGCAGGAAUUUACGUAAUUAAUUAAGAUAAAUUAGACAUCACAUUUGCAAAUAAUUUAAAAUCAUCAAUUGAAUGAUUAAAAAUAGUGAAAUUUUAAUAAACAAUUGGGGGGGAAUUGAAAUUUUAAAUAAAUAUUAAUGAAAUUUUAUCUUGAGUGAACAAAAAGUCUUGAAUAUUUUAUCAAAACAGAGCUGGUGAUUUUUAAUAGCAACAAUCAUAUCAAUUGUUCGCAUUAAGAAAGACACGAGUUCAAGUAUUUCAAUGAAAAAUCCUUUCCCCGUGCGAAAUCUCUCGAAAAUUGAAACAAAAACCCCUUUAUAUCGUUCGCUCUGUACAAUACAGUACAUAUUAAAAACAACAGAGAAUGUAUGUAAAACAGAUGAUGUAUUUUUUUUCUUUUUUUCUUGGCAAACUAAAAAAAAACAAAAACAAAUCGAAGACUGACAAUUAUACAGACAAAAGAAUGAAACGUGCAGAACUAUUAAUUAAAUUAUAAUAUGAUUAAAAGGAAAGCAAGUAAUUGAUGAUUUGUAAAUACUAUUUAAUUGCACACCCGAAGGGAAGAGAUGGCAAACGCGACUUAAUUCUAACAAUGCUCUUAGAGACUUUUGAGAGAUAUUAAAAAAAUAUAUAUAUAUGAUUGAAGUUCUGUCGUUCCUAAUAAAUUGCCGACAUUUUGCCAGUGUA